AUAGCUGGUUAUCAUUUACAAAACACAUUUUAUAUUUGCAGAAAUCACAGAAGAAUGCAAUUUGACUGUAGGUUUGGAAAUUCUGAAAAAAUCGUUGCUUACACAAAGACAACUAGUAAUUCGGCGAGAAUAUUCUAGUUUGGACGAUUCAUUAUUUCGUGCUUGCAGCGAUCAGUUAGAACGCAGCGAGUUUAGUUUGGACCACAAUAUCAACCACGAAAGCCUGAAAUCAGCAGUUUUAAAUUAAUUAAAGUUAGAUACGGAAGAAAGCUUACCCCGUGAAGAUGCAAAUGCUUUAGUUGCUGAAAUCGAACAAAGUAAGAGCGUCAACAGUAAUAUACUUAUAGACAUAUUGGCAAAGUACAUCAACAGGAAAAUUAUUGUCUAUACUAGAUCGGAUUAUAUUGAAGAGAGGUUGUCACAUGAUAGUACAACUAGAAAAAGUCCACCUCUCCUUCUGGCAAUGGACGAUUUAUACUUUCACAGUCUUGGAGAAAGAAAGGAUGAAAAUACUUCAGAACUUAAUAAAACAUUGAAUUCUGCAAUCAACAGAAAAUCUGACAGAAGUAAAAUACAACACGACAAAAACGAUGCAAAGAAAUCAAAAGAAUUAAACUGGGCUGACAAUUCGGGAGACUCGAAUCUAGUGGGUACUCCUAAUCGAUCGAGAAGGGAAUCUUCCGUUGAGUCAGCAGUUACGGAAUGGCAAGAACAUGAACCAAGCGUUAUUAUAAAGAAUGUACAUACAGCUAUAUCAGAUGAGAAAUACGAUCCUUUACUCCCUUCGGUCCUCACUCUACAAAGCAUUCAGAUGGACGCAGGUACAUACGUGACUGCCUUCUUUGUUCUUAGGACUGAAGAAACUAUUUGGUAUAAGAUAAAAAUAGCUCCAGGAAACAAAAUGUCGGUUGAGCACAAUGCUGCUUUGAUGAAAAAAGCCAGUUCUACCAGGUCAACAUAUAUCGCCACCAUGCCUUCAUUUGAAGUACCUAUCUAUGGUGAAGAGUUUAACAAAAAGCAGAAAUUAUGUGCAGACGCUUUAAGUAUCCCCCCUAAUUUUAUUAUUAGUAUUUAUAGGUUAACAAACAUAUUUUCUAGUACCCCAAAGUAAGCAGUGACCAAUGUCAAACCCAAUGUAUUACGAACCAACCAGUAUUGAAAACCUACUGUUAUGUCAACCAACCGGACAGCAAAAACCACUGUAAUGCAAACCAAUAGGUCAUCAAACUUAAUAUCAACCAAUCAGUACUUGACAAAGAACUAAAUAAUAGAAUAAAUAAAAAGAAGACCAUUAUUAUGACUCAAUCAACAGCAGA